AUGGAGGUUGCUAUUGGCUCCGGCUCCCCGAGGCGGAUUGAGUAUGAACUUUUCACCCGCAAGUGCCCGGUGGCAGCGGAAAACUUUGUGAAGCUUUGCACCGGAGAGAAUGUCUUACCACGGGUGCCAAGCACUACGGGGCUGGGGGACCCCGGCUUUGGCGAUCAGUUCCUCCCGCAGCUCACGUACAGGCACUCCACCUUCCACCGCGUGCACCGGGGGUACCUCAUCCAGGGCGGCGACAUCGUGAGCGGCAGGGGGACCGGGCAGCUGUCGAUCUACGGCGACACCUUCGACGCCCCAGAGGAAGUGCGUGCUUCGGUGUUUGACCAACGCGGGCUCGUGGGCACAGCCGUGAGUGCCCCGCACCUGAACGGCUCGCAAUUUUUUAUCCUUACAGCAAAGGCAGCGCCCCAUCUGAAUGGGACGUGUAUUUGCUUUGGACGUGUCGCGAAGGGCUACGACGUGGUGGAGGCAAUCGAGCACGUACCGCUGGCACCAUCCGGCUUCCCCGCGCAGCGGAUAACUGUUGUCGAGUGUGGGGGGCUGUAA